UCUUUGACACAACAACAGCUGUCCCACUCAUCACGACGCAAAUGCAAAAUGCAAAUGUAAUGUCAUCCCGCCUCAGCGCUGGACAUCGGCAUCCGCUUUGAGUGAUAAGGAGAAGCGACGUGCGCUCGUGGGAUGUUAGGUGGUGGUUGGUGGUUCAGUCUCGACAGUCAAGCAUAGACCUUUACACGUUUUGUAUGAUCGUUCGCUCGGCGCAGAAGACAUGGCCUUCUCAUCUACUUCGUCUCUGCCAGUUCUGCAUCGACUUCGUUCUGCGAGUGUGCCUGUGAGCUACGAAGACUCGUUCCCGUCUUGUCCUGGCCAGGGUCAGACGGGUCUUAUCGAUAUGUUCCGAAAAGGACUCGCUUUGAAAACAGAUCACAGCCGCUCAUUGCUUGGCAAGGCAUUAGUUAAGGCAUUGGUUGCCGAUGUUUCAUCAACCGGCAGCAGACGUCAGCGAGUGGGAUUGAGGUGUCGUUGCUCUGCAACGAGCCCGGGGUCCUUCGGACCGCAGCAAGGGAAUGUCUCCACAGGUGCCUCUCCAGACCCAGAGAAUGACAACGAUGUGGAAUCGGCAGAGAGACAGAAGAUAUUCAACCGAAUAGCGCCAGUCUAUGAUCAGCUUAAUGAUUGGCUAAGCCUCGGUCAACACCACAGCUGGAAGAAGAUGACAGUGAAAUGGAGCAGGGCUUCAAGAGGCCACAGCGCACUUGACAUUUGUUGCGGAAGUGGCGAUCUCGCAUUCCUUCUUGCUGAUGCAGUAGGACCACACGGUCUGGUCGUUGGCUUGGAUUUCGCUGCAGAGCAACUUGCAGUCGCGAGCCAGAGGGCGGAAGAGUCCGCGCUUCAUUCGAGGCUAAGGUGGGUGCAGGGCGACGCCUUGAUGCUGCCGUUCGGAGACGAAGAGUUUGACGCAGUGACGAUGGGUUACGGGUUGAGGAAUGUUACCGAUUUGUCGAGGAGUCUGAGAGAGAUUCAUCGCGUGCUGAAGAAAGGGUGCAGCGCUGCCAUCUUGGAUUUCAACAACUCGACCAAUGUUUUGACCAACUCGGUGCAAGGAUUCAUGCUGGACAGGGUCGUCGUCCCUGUGGCUAGUCAGUUUGGGUUGGAAGAAGAGUACAAAUAUCUUAGGCCCAGCAUAGAGAGAUUCCCAACUGGGGACAAAUUGGUUAAGCUUGGGAGGGAGUCGGGGUUUGCGAGUGCGGCAUUUUAUGAGAUCGGCUUUGGUUUCAUGGGGGUUCUAGGCACUCCCCUUCCCGAUGAUGCUACGUUCCCUGCGACGUCUGCUCCUCCAAGUAGCAGGAAGUCGGGUAGAGGACAAAAGACAAAUCCCGACAAACAAGCAUCGUCCGAUUUGGCGGCCGGGGAGGGGGGGAGUGAUGACGACACGGAAGGAGGGAAGCAGCAGAAGAAGAAUUGGUCUUUGGAAGAGCGGGUGGCCCUCACGAGAUAUAUGCGAGAGGAUUGCACGAUGAUGGUCGCCACCCUGCCGAGACAAAAACAUCAGCGGCGGUCGUUGAGGAAUGCUUGUGUGGCGAGGCGCAUGAAGGUCGAUGGGUAUCCUAGAUCGGCGGAAGAAGUGCGGAAGAAAGGACUGAUCUCGGGGUCCGACGUAAACGUUCGAAAUCUUGCACUCGUGGUUGCACACCACUUGUGCGACAAUGGAGAAUGGUCUUGUGCAAUUGUAGUAGCACUCUGCACGCUCGCGAUGUCUCAGCAACACACAGCUCGCUUGUGGACAAGGCCGAGCCUCUGCGAAACUGAGUUUUUAGGUGUCGAUCUGGACCGGCGGAUUUCGUCACAUGGAACAGUGGUCCCUGGGACUUCUGCCACCACCAAGACUGUGCAGCGAAGACGGCUCUUUCCCUGUAAAGCACAGACACAGGCCCAAGAUAAAAAAAUUAGCGACUCCCCUCCAAAGACGGGUGAACGAAAGGCAGUGGGGAUGAAGGAGGUGAAAGACCAGGGCCGUGUUGCGAAGGUUCCUGUGUCGCGUAUCCGAAACUUCUCCAUCAUUGCUCAUAUCGAUCAUGGCAAGUCUACUUUGGCAGACAGGUUGCUGCAACAGACGGGAACGGUCGAACAACGGGAAAUGAAGGAGCAGUUUCUGGAUAAUAUGGACCUCGAGAGGGAGCGAGGCAUCACCAUCAAACUGCAGGCUGCACGCAUGCAGUACGUCGCCAAGGAUGGUGAAGUCUACUGUCUCAACCUGAUUGAUACGCCUGGUCAUGUGGACUUCUCGUACGAAGUGUCACGUUCGCUCGCUGCGUGCGAGGGCGCGCUUCUCGUGGUGGAUGCUUCUCAGGGAGUUGAGGCUCAGACACUUGCCAAUGUUUACCUCGCCUUGGAGAACAAUCUCGAGAUCAUUCCGGUUCUUAACAAGAUAGAUUUGCCCGGUGCAGAUCCUGAUCGCGUACGAGAAGAGAUUGAGGAGAUGAUUGGUCUCGACUGCCGGGAGGCCAUCCUGUGCUCCGCGAAGGAAGGGAUCGGGGUCGAUGAGAUUUUGGAGGCAGUGGUCAAGAAGGUUCCUGCUCCUCCAGAAACUGUGGAUGAACCACUCCGUGCCCUGAUCUUUGACAGCUAUUACGAUUCGUACAGGGGGGUGAUUGUGUACUUCCGUAUCAUUGACGGGGAUGUGCGUAAAGGCGACAAGAUCCUGUUCAUGGCGAGUGGGAAAGAGUACGUAAUCGAUGAACUUGGAGUGCUAUCGCCUUCUCAGAUCCCGGUUGACCGGCUCCGCGCCGGCGAAGUGGGGUAUAUUGCUGCCUCCAUCCGUUCGGUUGCUGAUGCUCGUGUCGGCGAUACAAUCACCCAUGCCGGAAGGAAGGCAGCGAAGAUGUUGCCAGGGUAUGAGGAAGCAACCCCUAUGGUCUUCUGUGGUCUUUUCCCUAUCGAUGCGGACCAAUUUCCGGAGUUGCGGGAAGCACUCGAGAAGCUGCAGCUGAAUGAUGCAGCUCUCAAGUUCGAGCCAGAGACUUCCAGUGCCAUGGGUUUCGGGUUCCGCUGCGGAUUUCUGGGCCUUCUUCACAUGGAGAUCGUACAGGAAAGGCUCGAAAGGGAGUACAACCUGAAUCUCAUCACCACGGCUCCCAGCGUCGUGUACAGGGUGCACACGACCAGCGGCGACGUCAUCGAGGUCGAUAACCCUGCUGCGCUGCCCGAUGCUGGCAAGCGUCAGUUCAUCGAAGAACCUUAUGUGCGAUUGGAAGUCAUUACGCCCAAGGACUACAUCGGAACACUCAUGGAGCUCGCGCAGAAUAGGAGAGGAGACUUCAAGGAACUCAAGUACAUCACAACUAGUCGAGCAUCGAUCGUGUAUGAGGUUCCCCUUGGAGAGGUUGUUUCCGAUUUCUUUGAUCAGAUGAAGUCUCGAAGCAAGGGUUACGCCAGUAUGGAGUACUCGAUGGUUGGGUACCGAAAAAAUGAUCUUGUGAAGUUGGACAUAUCAAUCAAUGGAGAUUCGGUCGAUCCUCUGGCCACAAUUGUCCAUCGCGACAAGGCUUAUAAUGUGGGUCGUGCAUUGACGCAGAAACUGAAGGAACUCAUCCCAAGACAGAUGUUCAAGAUUCCAAUUCAGGCCUGCAUAGGUACCAAAGUCAUCGCAAGCGAGAGCAUAUCGGCAAUGCGGAAGGACGUGCUGGCCAAGUGCUAUGGAGGAGAUAUCACCAGGAAGAAGAAGCUUCUUAAAAAACAGGCAGAGGGUAAGAAGAGGAUGAAGUCAGUUGGCAGAGUGGACGUUCCUCAAGACGCCUUCAUGGCCGUGCUAAAAUUAGAGAAGGAGGUCACGUAGAGAGAGAGCAUCGGACGGAACUCUUCUUCUUAUGGCUGUGGUAAAAUAGAAAAGGGAGGAAACGACAACAUCGACAGCAUGACGUGAACUCGUCGGACUCCUCCUCUCCUUGUGGAGAAAGGCAUGUUAGCAUUAACGGGGUCGUCUGUUCGGGGAAGUUCUUGUCAAUCUCUGGGAAAUUGCAGUCAGAGUCAUUUUUGAAUGAUACUACCUUUGAGCAGUGUUAAGGAUUAUUGGGGAAGCGCAGCUGGUCGGUGAUCCCUUGAGCUGUCUGAUAUCCAGCUGGAUUUGAACAAUUAUCCUCUUUUGGGUGAACAGUCUUAGGCGGGUACAAUCACCCCCGAGGUAGUUAGUGCACACACAUGAUUGGGCCUAGAAGGGGUCAGGUCAUUAUUCUUUGCCAGCUUGGCAGAGCCGCCGAUGUUAGACUCUGCAGAUGAUUGGUAGCUCAGGACUGCAGGAGUGCUUGUCAAUGUCAGGUGGUCAACGAAGUUUGCGUCAGUGCUACCACUGUGAAAGUAGCAAUCUUUUCAAGGUUUCGAGAGUGCCUAUCGGUCAGUAUCUGCGUCACCGGAAUGACGGCCAGCUCCAGGGGUAGCACUCUUUUCAGGGUUCGUUAAGUGCCUGCUACUCGUAGCGUCAUACUUACGCGCUGGGACUCUAUGCACCGAAUCGGGUUGAUUUUCUGCUCAGAUAGACAUCUGGGAAGGUGUACGUUUGCCCGUUGGGACUCCAUGCAGUGAAUCGGGUUGAUUUUCUGCUCAGAUCGACAUCCGGGUACCCAGACAGCCCAGUCGGCUUUGUGCAAAUUAGCUGCCAAGUGCUUUUCAGUGCCAGGAGACUGCCUGUCGGUAUCGUUCAGACUUUUUUUUUUUUUUUUUUUUUUUUACAAGACUGUUACUCCAGGUCAGGGUAGUACUCUCAAGGGUUGGUUGAACGACGGUUUGUUAGCGAGGGAACUGCCUCCGCCUGUCAGCGGUUUUCCUGCCUGCUGCGAAUGACAGGUCAUUGUUUGUCAGGAUCACAAGAAUCCUCCGUAUCGGCCAGCAGAGCGGUCCUCGGGUGCAGGGAGGUGAUUUUAAGGACGACUAGUCCACUGCCACUCUAUCGAGGUCGGGUGAUGACCUGUCUGUUUCAGCACAGAUUGCUUGUCAAAGUCAAUGGAGUUGGCAUUAUGAGCAGUGAAGCUCUGCAACAGGUCAGGUUGUGACCCUGAUGAGGAGCAAGUCUGAUUGUGGUAGGGAAGUAGUUGGGAUCUGUGCCAGAGAAGCCUGGAGGGGAAGGAUGAGGACAAGUUGCAAGUCUGGUCGCUUAGCGGGGCGUAUGCCGUCCUGAGAAUAGGUGCAUGGCUACCGGCCCUGUCCUCAAUGAUACAGUGACCAACGGUGUGAUCACCAACCUAUGAAGCAAACAAACAGAUGGCCCAACCAGAUUGGCCUUUCCCCUGCCUGGCUGCCUCUUCCUCCACAUCCUGCUCCUCACUGCUGUUGCUGCUGUUGCAGAGAUUACCUUUCUCAGCCUUUUGGCUAAGAUCAAGUGUAGUAUCUAUUGUUCUGAUGAGCUUAAAAAAAGCCUUAAAUGUCUUCUCCGUGGUCGAUCGGGUAGAACCCCCCCCCCACCCAAAAAAAAAAAAACAAGGAAUACAAUAGCAGAAUUCGAUUCCAGAAUCGGGAAUUUAUCAUCAGCUCCAAAGACGCGGCGGAUUUGGGGUGCUUAUGCGUAUACAAUGCUGCCCAUCUCAAAUUUUCGUCCGUGAAAUUGGUUCCUGUAAAUGUUCACCCGGACAUGUUUUCAGAACGGCAUCUGCACCGCGAAAUGUGUGCACAGCUUUUGGUGGACCAUGUUCAGUCUGCAGCAAAGCGCCAGCCUUUUCAGUGGCAAACUGGGUCAAGUUGACUUCAUCUUCACCUGCUACAUGUGUCCCACCUGCUCUACACGUGUCCCACCUGCUCCACACGUGUCCCACCUGCUGUACACGUGUCCCACCUUCUCUACGCGUGUCCCACCUGCUACACGUGUCCCGCCUGCUACAUUUGUCCACAGAAUCAUGACACCUCAGGGCUGAAAAAGCAACUUGUGCAUCCAUGAAGCUGGCUUUCUUUGCCUCCUGCGCCAUGUGUCGACGGAAUGGCGACAGAGCAGCAGUGGACUGACCAAGAACUGUCUUGAAUGUGAGGAGAGCACGGUGCACUUGGAUGCCGUGUUGUCUAUCGAUGACGACAUCACAGAUGUGUGCCUGCUUCUGGAGUGGGAAGGGCAAUCAACAAAUGUCUCGAGGACAAGCAAAAAGGAGUUGCAGGAGAGGAGAACUCCCAUGCAAAACGGUGCCAAGUGUUUCAAGCUUCAGCUGGCACUUCUGGAAAUCCGGUUGUGUAGAGGCCGCUUCCUCAGCGAAUGGCAUUGCGUAACUACUGCGUGCAUGGCAGACACACAUGCAACACAACGCACAUGUGGAAACAAAUUGUUUCUACUGUCGAGGUUAGGACGUGAGAUGGUCACCGCAUAUUUUUUGCUGCCUGACUUGAUGUGGGCUUCGUAUGGUUCUUGCCAUGUAGUGGGGGGGGGGAAGGGGAGGGGAGGAGAGAUUCAAAACUGGAUUGGAAGUUCGCCCUUCGCAGUAAGCUUUGCCAGAAUAGGAAAUGCCGCAAAUGCGAGCUGGAGAUUUUGCAGGAACAGGUAUGUCAGACUGGCUGGGCAGCUGUGCUUGUAUUUUAUCACUCUCCUGUUGGCAGCAUGGAUCUGUGAGAUUUUCCACUCCGUAGUCUGAGUUUUAUAGACGUACUGCGAACUUGUGCUAAGUUUAUUCACAUGUGCAGUAUUUUGGCUGCGGGCAGCUAGGAAGAGAGUUCAGGAGGGAGGAAAGGGCUGGAAAGAUUGUUGUAUGGUUUACUUUGAACGAUUAGAGUUUAGAACAUAGCAAGCCCACGU